UGCGGUGUAAGGUCUGCGCUACCUUUCGCUCCUAUUCAGGCAUAUCGCGGGAUUCCCAAAGAAAGCCAGGGGAACAAGGCCGGGGCUGCUGAGCUUUUUCAGGUUGAAGAGUUCUGCUUUUGUGUGAGGUCCUAUCGCAAUCACUUGCUAUAGAGCUAUCCUAUGUGAAAGAGCAAAGGGGCUGAAUUCUGGGAUCCAAAUGCCUCCUCUGCUGGAGCAUCAAUAUGAAAAGGAUUGGCCAUGGAAAAGAAUGACACCAUCGAUUUCAAGGCUCUGGAGAAAGAGCUUCAGGCUGCACUCGCUGCUGAUGAGAAGUACAAACAGGAGAAUGCUGCCAAGUUGAGGGCAGUGGAACAGAGGGUGGCUUCCUAUGAGGAGUUCAGGGGUAUUGUCCUUGCAUCUCAUCUGAAGCCACUGGAGCAGAAAGACAAGAUGGGAGGGAAGAGAAGCGUGUCCUGGAACUGCCACAGUACUCAGGAAAGGACUUUCCAGGAUGUGGCCUGUGAAAUCUCCCAGGAGGAAACACACUGCGAGCCUGAGACCUCAGCAGAGUUCUACCGAGAUUGGCGGCGACACUUGCAGAGUGGGCCAGAGCGCUACCAGGCCCUGCUGCAGCUUGGAGGUCCCAAGCUGGGCCACCUCUUCCAGACAGAUGUGGGAUUUGGGCUUCUGGGGGAGCUCCUGGUGGCACUGGCCGAUCACGUGAGGCCAGCCCACUGGGCAGCAGUGCUGGAGAUCCUGAACAGCCUGGCCAGCACCGGGCGCUUCACCCUGAACCUGAGCCUACUGAGCCAGGCAGAAAGACAGAGCUGCAGAGACUUGUUUCAGAAGCUGCAGGCCAUGAAGGAGGGGCCGAUCCAGGAGGAGCAGAGUCUAGAGGAGCAGUCUGCAGGGGCCCAGGAGAAGGAGAGCCUCUUGCAGGAGUUGCUAUGGCUAUACCAGGUCGAUUGA